AUGGCGGCGACGUCGCCCGGAUCGCAGCUGGGCAGGGAUAUGACGCAUUUGGGAGGAGGAGAGAUCGCCACCGCCAGCUCGAUGCAGCCACAGGCGCUGCAACUAGCCUGCGACCCACGGCGCCUGGCGCCGCACCCGGCCCGCUCCGCCAUCGAGGCGGCGGGCGCCGCGCUGGAGGGCAACAGGGCGACAGCGGGCUCGCUGCGCCGCGGCUCGGCUGAGGACAGGCAGGCGACGAAGCGCGUUGGCCCUUCGGAGCCCGGCUCGGGCCCCGCGGCCCCGCGGGGCCUCGCGAAGUGCGACGUCGAGGCCGCGCUGGAGAAUAACAUCGGCGGGCACCUCCACAAGACCAACCCGCCCGUCGAGUGGGCCAGCAUCAAGGAGUGGCCCCAGCGGGCUGACUCGAGGACGAGGUGGGACACAAGCUACUGGCUGGAGACCCUGGGCGGCGGCCUACAACUUCCGCGCGUGGCGAGGUACCUGUUGUGCAUCGACCUGCUGCUCGCCCACGGCACGGGCAAGCCCCGCCCCGCGGACGCGGCAAGCAGCAUCGGAAGAACGAGGACCGUCGCCACCCCACUGAUCGGGCGCGGACUGAUGGCGCUCCGCCAUGCCGAGUCCCGCCUGCCCCCCCUCCUCAACGACUGCCACUUCUGGGGCGACGUGCCGCGCGGCCUCAGGCGUUGUCAUAGCUACCCCGGGUACACGCCGCACGACCUCCUCCAGCACUGCGGUUCCAAAGGCUCGGACGACUCCACCGCCUCGCACUACGACUCCACAGGCUCGCACGACUCGACCGCCGCGCCCGAAAGCAGCACCUCGGAGGCUCUGAUCAGCCCGAGGGGGGACAGGCUGGAGCAGCACGACGACCCCGAACCAGAUCUCCCCGCGACCUCGCAGGCGGCGGCGUGCGCUCCUGGAGGCCCUGACGACCCACAGUACCCGGACACCGACAGCGACUUCGACUACACCGCCGUCCGCUCUACCUGGCGCAAUGCCGCAGACGCUGUCCCCACAGGAGAGCAGCCGGAGCCGGCUCCGCCAGGCAUCCUCCUCGAGGCGGGUGGCGUGGCUCGUGCGCCCCACGGCCCCCCUGCGCCGCAGCGCCUGGCUGGCGUGGACCAGCCGCUGCAGGCUCCAGCUGCCGUGCAGGCUGGCAGGUGCCGUGGUAGAAGAGCGCGCGCGGCCUUGGCCAGCACGAUGAAGGUGGUCCCGCGCGAGAAGGACGUCCGUGGCAUCACCACGGUGAUGCUGCGCAAUCUGCCAGUCAGGUGCAAGACGGACAUGCUGGUUCACGCGCUGGAUAUUUCAGACGUCCGGGAUACCUACGACUUCUGCUACGUCCCAUGCGAUUUCGUUUCCGGCAACAGUAAGGGGUACGCGUUCGUAAAUUUUCAGUCGCCAGCCAUCGCGAGUUACUUCAAGAGGACGUGGCACGGAACAGAGCGAUUUCCAGACCAUCUCGACAAUCGUGCUUUGCAGGUGACCGCCGCGCACAUCCAGGGAUACGAGGCCAACAUCACUAUGGCAAGCAAGGCCGGUGGCAUUCGAAGUCCCAACUACCGCCGGCUCGUCUUCAGCAAGCGGACCCUGCCAGCUGCCUCGCCAGCGUCCGAGCUCCCAGCGACACCUUCGCAGAGCAGCGGCUCCAGCGGCUCCGCGGAGGGAGCCGUCCCGCAGGGGCCGCGGCCAAGGCCGCCGGGCACGGUCUCGGUGUGCGUGGGUGCCGGCCUCCAGGAGUCCGCCGACGAGCGCAGUGUCCAGCACCAGUCGUCUCCUGCUGGCUGGCCGUCGGCAGGUUGGCUGGGCGACCUCUGCCGGCAGGCCGGCCGCGCAGCGUGGCCGACCUGCGCCCCGGGCCCCCACCACAUCGCGCCGCAGCAGCAGCUCGGGGGCAGGCCAGCGGAGCAGGCCGAGAGCGCCGCGAUCUCCGCCCUCGCGUGGGACGAGGCGUCUGGAGGCGCUGCUGCUGGGGCGCUGCUGGCGGCCAGGCCUCGGCGCGACGCCGCUCCCGACUGCGGCCUUCGGCGGUCUUCGGCGGCCUUCGACGGCCUGCGGCCGUCCUGUGCCCGGCCCGCGCUCGGGGUCGCCAUGGAUCCCCUGCGCGAGGCGUGCGUGUCAGGGGACCUGAAUGCCAUGGAGCUCUGGGAGCGGCUGCUGCCUGGCGCCGACCUGGAAGAGCGCCCCGACGGCAGCAACACGUUGGUGCACUACGCCGCGAUGGGCAGGGGGGGACCGGACGCCGUGGCGCUGCUCCUGCGGGCGCGGGCCUCGGCGGUGGCCGCCACGAAUGAGGGGAAGCAGCCGCUGCACCUGGCGGCCGAGAACGCCCGGCACGGCGCGGGCCUCGUGCCGCUGCUGCUCGAGGCGCGCGCGGACGCGGACGCGAGGACGACCGCGAACCGGACGCCGCUCCCUCGCGGCCGUCGACGGCCAGCUGGAGGCCGCGGUGGCCCUGCUGGCCGCGGGGGCGGGCGUCCGACCUGUCGGCCACCGACAACCUGGGCAGGACCCCUGCGGAGAUGGCCGAGGACAACAGGUGGGCCGAGCUCGCCAGGGAGCUCCGCGCCCCCGGGGGCGGGGCGGACGGAGGCGCCCCCGGCUGAGGAGGGACCUGCCUCGCGGCCCCAGCUGCCCGCUUGA